AGUUCACCUCAGGAAGAGGUGAGAUCUGUUGUACCCACGUUAUCCAGGUCUGCUGAAGAAAUGUUUAUUAAUUAUACACCCAGUGAUGAUAGAAGCAAGAAAAACCGAAAACGUCGUGACGGAAAAGGAAGCUGGGGAUCAAUAUCUAAAGUGUUCACUAGAGGACGCCAGCGUAGAGCUCUAGAUUCAGGAAUGUUCGAUACUGAGAACGCUAGCCAGGUGUCGCCUCAGAGCAGUGUAUGCGUCAGCCCAAUAACGGAGGAUGUCUACGCGGAAAAAGUAAAGCUGUUGGAAGACGCACAAGGAAUCUCCAUGGAGAAGUGGAAAGCUGCGACGGUACAAGCCUGGAUUGAAAUCUCUCUAGGAAUGCCUCAGUAUGGUGCUAUGUGUGCCGAGAAUGUCAAAAGUGGAAAGGUACUGGAGAGAGCUUUUCUUUUUUUUUAACCUUGAACUGCUGGCCAGUUAUACCUGC